CCGGACUGUAUGGGCUGGGUACAGAGCAACAGGCUGGAGCCUACUCUAACUUUGACCACUCAACUUAUUUCAUAGCUUAGACUGCUUUAUUGGGGUGGUAAUAAAAUUCUGUUGACGCGUAGAGAGACUGAAGUCAGUUGUUUAUUAGUUGUGAUAAUGUAAGUCGUAAUAAAAGUAUUAAAAGUAAGUAAGGAAACUGAGUUAGCAGGCUCGUCGUGUGUUUUGUUGUUGUUUUAGCUAACGUUAGCUAGCGAAUGCUGCUCUGAGCUCUAGUGCGAAGCUGAUAGCCGGAGAACUGUGGCUUACGAGUUCAAAAAUGAGCGUCUUUGACGAAAUACUUUUCAGGAAACCAUCACCGAAAUGUUUUUGCCACUUUAAUAUCUCCUGCAUUCACUGAGCUAUGAUGCUCCCGAGGAAGAAAAGUAAGAACGAAGCGUCCAAGCCAGCAGAGGUCCAGGGGAAGUACGUGAAGAAGGAGACCUCUCCUCUGCUCAGGAAUCUUAUGCCCUCAUUCAUCCGUCAUGGGCCAACGAUCCCGCGGCGAGCAGAGGUGCCAUUGUCAGAAGCUCCAGCGGUACCUGGUGCCAGUGUGUACCCACUGAGUCCGGCGGCAGGGACAGACGCAGGUGGACGGAAGAGUUUCCUGCGUAAUGCAACACCUCGACCCCAGCACGAGGUUUCUCGUCGAGACAGCCAUCGUCUGUCUGCGCCAACAUAUCUUCCACGCUCGCUCCCUGACCUUCCUCACGACUACUCCCCUUCUACCCCCUCAUUCAUCAGUGAUGGUGGACCGAUAACGGAGAACGGAGAUGUGGCCCGUUACUACUAUCCCCCCGAGGCGUACUACGAUAACCAGCCCAGGCGCACACGCCGAGCCGAUCACUUCCACGACGACUACAGAUAUUACGAGCACAGCGAACUCAAUUAUCCACGAGGCCCUACGCAGCCUCAGACAUCCCAGCCUCACAUUCGCCCACCUGCAGCUAUUGGACGCAUGCAGGCAAAGUCUCUAGGCAAUCUGGCGAGUUUGGGUGGAGAGGAGACGGCCCUUCCACCUGGCUGGACGGUUGAUUGGACGAUUCGAGGCAGGAAAUACUACAUCGACCACAACACAAACACCACUCAUUGGAGUCACCCGCUGGAGAGGGAGGGGCUUCCACCUGGCUGGGAGAGGGUGGAGUCUGCAGAGUUUGGAGUUUAUUAUGUCGACCACAUCAAUAAACGGGCCCAAUACAGGCAUCCGUGUGCUCCCAGUGUUCCACGCUACGACCAGCCUCCGCCCCUACCUCCACCAAUCACUUACCAGCCCCGUCCCCCCGAGCGGAAUCAGCCAGUGCUGGUGCCAGCAAACCCCUACCACACCGCCGAGAUCCCGGACUGGCUGCAGGUCUACGCCAGAGCACCUCUUAAGUAUGACCACAUCCUAAAGUGGGAGCUGUUCCAGCUGAUGGAUCUGGACACAUAUCAGGGCAUGCUGAAGCUGCUGUUUAUGAAGGAGCUGGAGCGCAUCGUUAAAUCAUACGAAGCUUACCGUCAAGCACUGCUCACCGAACUCGACAUGCGCAAGCAACGGCAGCAGUGGUACGCUCAACAGCCAACCAAAAACUUCCCUCACAACAUGUGAACUGCAGGAGACUGACAUCCGGAAACACACAUGCCUUAAUACAUACAAUGCCAAGCCUCCACAUGCGUCUGCCUCUGUGUGUGCCUUAGCAGCGUACAAGUGUCAAGUGUGGACUACACACACUCACACUACGACAUAUAGCAGAUGCUCGUAGGGUGUGCUCAGACUACAUGAGAAUAAAAGUGAGAGCUGCACACCUACAAGCAGCGUUUGUAUAAUGUAAACUUUAUCCGUUUUAUAGCCUGAAAGAUUAGGUGUGUGGCUGAAUUAAUGACGAUGAGUUUCCGGAAGAUCUUCCAGCCAAAAUACUAUCAAAAGAUGCUAUAGUGACCAUUACCCUCUCUACAGUUUAGAUAACACUACAGUGCCUUUUGGAAACUGGGACCUGGUCACUAGUGAAUCAUUUUCCUGAACUAAAUAUCUUUCUCACACACACACACACACAGAGCUCUUCCUGUGUUUCGAUUGUCUGAAGAGUGUUAUAAUCCUGUAUAUUCUUUUCUUCAGCCUGUGUGGCCACUCAGCCUGUAGAACACACUCUUCUGCCUUCAGUCUAUGGACAAUGAAGCUUUUAUAUGGACUUUUCCUGACAACGACAAUCCAGCCUGUUCUAAAUGUAAAAGGUUCGUGAAUUUUUCCAAAGGAAUAUGUCUUUAUUUAAAGACUAGAUUUUGUCAGCAGAAGCAUCACAUGUGAUGCAGGGUAAGUGUGAGCUCUUUUGGCUCUUAGCUUUGUAUCUUUAUGUAUGUCUGUUUUUUCCUGCAUAAUGAAAUUAUAUAUAAACAUAUAUAAACUAAAAACCUCUCCAUGCUGUGUAACAGCAAUAUGUUUAAGUCUUUAAUUAUUGUGUGUAUGUGAGUGAGAGGCUGAAUGUUGGCAUUGCUCGUGCAUGACCGUUUUGCCGCAUAUGUUCCCAAUUUUCAUACACACAAGCAUUCGCAUACGUCAAAUGGCUUGAUCUCAACUUUUAAAUUCAUUCUGUGUGAAGUGUGUGUGUAGCUGACCGCUAUCUGACCUCAUAACUCUGUUAUAAACUCACAGAUCCUGCCAACUCGAG